CCUACCCAUGGGCAAUGCAAGGAAGAUUUCCUCUCCAGUAGCCAUGAGGAAGAAGAUCAAACCAAAGUAUUCCAUUCUUAUUCUCUCUAUUAAAUCUCAUUCGUUGUGGGGAACAAGAGAAGCAAUAUGCUGUAAAGAGAUUAAAAUAAUUUGUUAGAAGAAGAGUGGCAUAUCAUAUCAUUGCUUCCUGUUGCUUUCUCUUGUCAUGGUGAUAUUGCAGCUUUCUCUUCCUAUAUCCAUGGAUCUCCAAAAAAAUGGUUCCAUUAAUGGAUCAGCAAGAAUUCGUCGAAAACGUUCAUCAAAGUUCCAUUGUACACUUCCUCCAAGAUUGUUCAUGUCCAAUUCACAGCAGCCUCAGUAUCCCAAUUUGCUGUUUCCCUCAACUAAUCAGAGUGUAGCAGCUAUUUUGUUAGAAGAUGGAUCGCAGUCAAAGCUUUACCCAUUGACGAAGAAAAUAUCAGAAGGGGCCAUUCCUAUAGCAGCAAAUUACAGACUCGUUGAUGCAGUGGUCAGCAACUGCAUUAACAGUAACAUAAACAGGAUAUAUGCUCUUACUCAAUUUAAUUCAACUUCUCUCAAUUCCCACCUUUCUAGAGCUUAUACUGGACAAGGUCUUGGAAAAGAGGGAUUCGUUGAAGUUAUCACUGCUUACCAGAGCCUUGAAGACGAUGACUGGUUUCAGGGAGCUGCAGAUGCUGUUAGAAGAUGCUUGUGGUUGAUGGAAGAGUAUCCCGUGACUGAGUUUCUGAUCCUUCCUGGCCACCAUCUCUACAAAAUGGACUACCAGAAAAUCAUAGAAGCACAUCGAAACAGCAGGGCUGACAUGACUAUUGCAGCAUUGAGUGCUGGGAGAGAGCAAGACCCAAAUUUUGGCAUUUUGAGUUUGAAUUCAGAAAAUCAAGUUCUAGAGUUUAGAUUGAAGUCAGAUAGUGAGCCAAUCACUUUUGUUUCAGUAGGUUUCCCCCCAAGCUCCGCUCUGCUUAAAUGUUAUAGUUUUUGGGGGAGUUCUCUGAGGAAGUUUACUUCUGAAAUUCAGGAGGAAAGCCCAGUGAAAUGCAAUGAUGUUGCAUAUCGAGAAUUUUCAAGUAUGGGAAUAUAUGUCAUUAAUAGAGAUAUAAUGGUAAAGCUUCUAAGAGAACAUUUUCCCAAGGCAAAUGACUUCGCAAGUGAAGUAAUACCAGGUGCAAUAUCCUUAGGAAUGAAGGUACAAGCUUUUCUCUUUGAUGGGUACUGGGAAGACAUGAGGAGCAUUGAAGCAUUCUACCUAGCAAAUAUGGAAAGUACAAAGAAAGCAGACAUGGCAUUUAACAGCUUCUUUGAUAAAAAGUCUCCCAUCUACACUUUACCUCGGGUUCUGCCUCCAACUCAUGUGACUGAUGCUAUAAUAAUAGACAGCGUCAUUGGAGAUGGUUGCAUUCUCGGUAGGUGCAAGAUCAAAGGUACAGUAGUCGGUAUGAAGACAAGAAUUGGAGAUGGGGCUGUAAUAGAGGACUCAGUGAUCAUGGGUUCUGAUAUUUAUCAAAUGGAAGAUAUUCGGCGGAGUGGCAUGGACAGGAAGGGCCUAGAUAUUCCUAUAGGAAUUGGUGAAGAUACUCAAAUAAGGAAGGCCAUUGUAGAUAAGAAUGCAAGAAUUGGCAGAAAUGUUUUGAUUAUAAACAAAGACAGCGUCAGAGAAGGGAACAGUGAAGCCAAUGGUUACAUGAUCAGUGAGGGAAUUGUGGUUGUUCUUCAUAGUGCAGUCAUCCCCAACGGCAGCAUUAUAUGAGAGUUUUGAGUCAAAAGAAUUAUCUCCAGUUUGGUUCUUCAAUUGAUAUAAGAGAACCAUGCAUGUAGCUUAGAAGUCAAAUGUAUAUUUGACGAAAUGAGUCGCCAACAAUAAGAAAGUUAUAUUCAUUCACAGAUUUUAUUGAAUGUAAAAUUCACAAAUACUUCAUUGUUCAUGCUGAAAAUAGUCUUUAAUGGAUAUUUUGUAUGUG